AUGCCUCCCAUGAUGCAGAAGAUGAGCAUCAUGGACAAGGUCGUUGUUAUUACUGGAGGAGCCCGAGGUCUCGGAAAGCACAUGACCCGAGCAUGCGCUGAGGCCGGCGCAAAGGCCCUCGUCAUAUUCGACGUUAACCAGGAGCUUGGCAUGGCCAACUGCCUUGCCGAUACUUCGCCAGCACCUUGGGCUACCUCGAGAUAG